CCCGGUGGAAAGACACGACGCGCUCACUGAUACGCUGCCGCGCCUGGACUGGCAACCCUCUCCAUCCACGACUGCAAAAAUCAGUGUCACACACACACACACACAUACACACACACACACCUCAGCGACCUGCCCUCCUGACCAUGGCUGCAAAAAACCGAAACAAGAACAGCUCCGGCGACAAGAGCGCUGCGCCCAGCGGCCAAGAGGACGCGCCGAAGAGGAGCCAAAAGACCACGACGGGCAGCGGGGCGAGUGGCCCCGGAGCCCAGGGGCCGCCGAGGUCCCGGAGCUGCCUGGGACUCGUCGCCACCACCGUCUUCUACGUCGCGCUGAUAGGCGCCGCGGGCUUCGCCGCCUUCCACCUGCAGCGAGUGGUGGAGGAGAUCCGCCGCACGAGCGCCAGGCACGAGGGGAGCGCGCAGAGGACCGCGGAGCUGAGCAGUCUCCUGGAGAGAGUCGUUCAACAGGUGGAGACUCUGAGGAGCGCUGUGGAAGGGCUGGACUCAUCGCUGGGCAUCACACGGGUGGAGCUGGAGGGGGCCAUCAGCCGGAUGAAGACGGGGGAGGUGGAGACGAGGAGGGUGGAGGAGGCUCUACAGAACCUCCAGAACGAUCUACUCAGGGACCUCUCCGAGGGCAUCAGCGAGGUCAAGGAGGCCCGCGAGAGGGACUUCUCCUCUCUGGAGAAGACCGUCGAGGAGCGCCUGGCCGAGGUGAGUCAGUCCAUCACGGCCAACAUGGCAGAGUUCACCGAGGCCCAGGGCGAGGCGCAGAGCCAGCUGGCCGAUCUCAAGGCCCGCCUGGGUGACAUGGAAGACCCCACGCUCAUCAAACAGGAGAUCUCCGCCAUCGUCGACGCCGUGGCCGAAAUCAAAACGGCCAAACAGGCGGCUGACACCUCGGCCAGUUCGCUCAGCGAGCAGAUCGGCGCCGUGAGGGCAGAGCUCCAGACGCGCAACCAGGAGGUGGCCUCGCUGUCCCAAGAGGUGGAAACGGUGAGGUCAGUGGUGCAGGAGACCGUCGGGAGCCUGAGGCAGUCGCUGUCUGCGGCCGAGGCCGAGGUUCAGGCCCUGAAGGACAUCACGCUGACGGUGGAGGGCGGCGUGGAGCAGGCCGCCGACGCAGUCCGCAAUGUGGAGAGGCAGGUGACUGAAGCGGCCACACAGGCCCUGAAAAGGUCAGAGGAUCUGGAAGCCAGAGUCAAAGCAUCAGAGGAGAGCGGAGACUCGCUGUCUGCAUCCAUGUCAGAAAUCACCUCCAGGGUGGAGUCACUACUCGCCAAGUAUGACUCCCACGAGAGCACCCUGGCUGCACAGGGGCAGACCGCGGAGAGAGCCACCGCCGACCUGGAGCAGGAGCUGGAGACACUGAAGAGCAGCCUGGGCGAGCUCCAGUCCAACAUGGCCGCCAUUGGCGGUGCCCAGACGCGGCUCGCUUCCAAGGACUCCAGUCUAGACCAGCAGGUGGAGGAGCUGAAGAAGAGGCUCGCCGCCAUGGAGGACAGCAGCAGCAGCAGCAGCAGCGGCAGCAUGAAGCCCGAGCAGCUGGAGAACUUGCGCAGCAUGGUGGCUGGACUGGAAACCAAAGCCGCCAAGCUCGAGGGCCACGAUCAGGCCAUCGCUGCUCUCCAGAAAGCUCUGCAGGAGACCACACAGACACUCGCAGGCCUGUCCGCCGCGUCCGGCAAGAAGAACAAGUAGAGACCUUCUGCCAGAGCCAUAUGACACCACCAAACUCAAACAUCCAACAACAGGGACAAUAAUGAAUCCAAAGAGUCGACCGCAACCCACUUUUCCUAAUAGUAUGAAGAAUUUACACUCCAAACUUGAUGGUGCACACUUUAGUCGAACAUAAAACGGGGUAAGGAGAGAGGGACAGGGCUGGACUGCUGAUCUGUGAAUUCAAACCCGCACCCAUUCUGCACUGUAGUUUUAUUGUCGAAUGUUCUUAAUUUUUUUUUAAAGUUUUUUUGUACCUCCAAAUGCAAUAAGGAGCUCUUUGUUGAGCUCCUUCGUUUACUCACCACAUGGUUUGUUUGUCUGUUGUUUACAAGAAUAAAAAACCUCUUGUCCACCCAA